CAUUAAGUUCAUUUGAUAAAGGAAGUAUGAUUGAAAUGGUGGAAACAUUCGAACCGAAAUAUUUCGUACGCAUAUGACGAUUUUGUUGUUGCUAAACCAUGGGAUUGUCUAGAAUAAUUCAGGUUUAACUGUUAACAAGUAUCAUAAGGCUCCAUCAGAACGGGAUCAAAACAAACUAAACAUUUAGAGAUGAAGCCCAACAAACAGAUUACAAACAGAACAACUCGCUCGACUGUGAGGAAAACAACAAAGAAAACUACUUUUAAAACCUCUACACCCAAAACUACCACAGAAACUACCCAAAACACAACAGUUGUACUUAACAGCACCACAUCAUCAACCACCACAGAACUAAUAACCCAUGUUGUGACCUAUACAUCAGUCGUCAACGUGCAGACUCAGACCAAAUUGACCAACUUAACCAACUUGACCAACACUACAGAAAACUCACGAGCCUCGUUCGAUAUUUCAGCUUCCUCCUGCACUGCUGCGAUCAUUAGCUCCUCUAUGGCGGUAGCACUGCUGCUUCUUUUUAUUCUCAUCUCAGUCAUUUCUCUACGCCAUCGACUAAAAAUGGCCAACCUAUGUCGUCGAAAGGUUUCUGUAUCUGGAGAUGUCGAAGCAGCAUUGCCGAAUUUCGAUUGCAGAGUUUCAGAUCUAGAGCCAAAGUAUUCCGUAGUCUACAGCAAUGUAAGAACAGAUUCACAAUUAAGAAUCGUGCAUUUGUCACAAUCUCCAAGAGAUGUCAGCAACAGAAACAUCUAUAUCAACACUAGCAUUCUCAAACUACCGUCUAGCUGUGAGUCUUCUACAUCUAGCAAUGAAGUCAAAACUAAACCUCAAGAAGAUCAGCUAGAAAGCGACGGAAAUCAACACAAAGAACAAAUCUAUACAAAGUUAAGGGACUUUCCUGUUGCUAAUAUAAAUCCGUACAACGUAUCAUUUGAAAGUGUUCAAGAAACAAGCAAGGACUGUGACACUACAGACACGUAUACUUCUAGUCUAAAUAUAGAUGAUACAUGUUCUAACUGUGAGAAUACUGGUCCCCAGAAUGAUUGCACAUCGGAACCAAUUUAUUUUGAAGUUGAAAAGGAAAUGGAAUAGAGAGUUACAAUUUAAUGUAUGACUUACACAAAAGACAAAUAAGUACAGUUAUUAAUUUUAAUUACUUAACGAUAGAGCAGGGUUAGAUGAUAAACAUUUAGUAGCAUUGAGGAAUUCAUUAUAGACUAUAAGAACAAUCGCAGAACAGCUAAUGUCAGUUUUGGUUCGCUUCCACCACACACGGAAUCUAGUUCUAACAAGAGUCUAGUUCUAACAAGAGUCUAGUUCUAACAAGAGUCUAGUUCUAACAAGAGUGUGGUGAAAUAGUUGCUAUUUGUUUAUGUUUGUGUAACGUCGUGAGAAUGUGUUCACAACAUGGAUUUAGUGUGCUACUGUCCAAGUCUCUUUCGUCAGUUCAUGUGUCGUUCUAGUUUAAUAAAGCCUUGUUUUAGGUUACUCUUCCGUGUUCCUUUAUUUCUUAUUACAAUUUAUUAAACUAGAAAUUUUCAAUUUCAUGGAUCUAUGUGCCUCACGUAUCUUUUUUGGAUUUUCGUUCAACACUAUUCUCAGUCUGUAAGUAAAAGUAGUAAUACAAAUGGAACGUCUAUUUAGGCCAAAAGAGCUGGACAUAGAGCCUAGCUCGCCAUCGGCUGCCGAGAAGUGGCUGCACUGGCUCAGAACAUUUGAGAAUUUCAUCUCCUCAGUCUCUCAUUGCGAGAUUGACAAAAAGAAAUUACUAGAAAACUACGUUUCUUCGAGCGUAUUUCAGUACAUAAGUGAGUGUACCACGUUCGAAGAAUCAAUCAAAGUUCUACAAAAUGUCUACGUGAAGCCUAAAAGCAAAAUUUUUGCACGGCACAUGAUAACUCUUUGUCGACAAGAGAACGGACAAACCGUUGACUCCUUCCUACUUAAGCUUAAAAGUAUGGCCAAAGACUGUGACUUCAAAGCUGUCACCGCUGAAGAACACAGAGAUAUCUUCGUAAGAGACGCCUUCAUUACUGGACUGGCUUCAAACAGCAUAAGGCUGCGACUCUUAGAGAAAUCUACUCUAACUCUACAGUGCGCCUAUGAAGAGGCAAGACAACUUGAAUAUGCCCAUAACCAUGCCAUGGCGUAUAACAUCUGCUCUGAAACUCCCUGUGGAGCUAGCGCCCACGAGGAGAGCCUUUCUCCAAUGACAAAAGUAGAACACGAGGUGAGUGCGGCGACUAGUAAAAGAUGUUUCUUUUGUGGAAACAGCCCACAUCAACGCUUUAGAUGUCCGGCCCGUGACGCUACAUGCAACUUGUGCGGUAAGAGGGGCCAUUUCCAGAAAGUCUGUAAAUCGACCAGACAGACACUCAAAUCUACAACCUCAGCCAUAGUGAAAGCAGAUGAUGACACGUCUCGGACUACAACCGUUGGAUCUUCCUGGGCAUCGACACCAGCGUCCGGUCUUACUAAAUCUACUAUUUCAAUACUCGUCAAUGGAGUACCAUUGAAGGCUCUCGUAGAUACGGGGAGCAGUGAAAGCUAUAUAUCUUCUUCAAUUGCUAAAAGGUACAAAUGGAAAUUAGAAACGUCCAGAAACAGAAUAUACAUGGCCUCUACACAUCUUUCUCGCACUACUCACGGCCAUAUUUUCGCUAAAAUAAAGUACAAAGAUGAACAAUAUGAAAGUGUUAAGCUCUCACUACUAGAUGGACUAGUAUCUGAUGUAAUCUUAGGGCUAGAUUUCAUCAGCCAGCACGAAAAACUGAUGAUCCCAUUUGAAGGAAAACGAAGCACUCUCCAGGUCUGUACGCUGAAAGCUGCACGAGUUGAAGCCCCUCGCCUCUUCGCUAAUCUGGCUCCUAACUGCCAUCCCAUAGCCACUAAAUCUAGAAAAUAUUCUAUGCCUGACUCCAAAUUCAUUCAAACUGAAAUCAAGAGACUUCUAUCUGACAAAAUUAUUGAGCCUUCCACGUCCCCGUGGCGAGCCCAGAUAAUUGUAACAACGAAUGAAAGGCACAAAAAGAGAAUGGUUAUCGACUAUAGCCAAACCAUCAAUCGAUUCACUUACCUCGACGCGUAUCCCGUGCCAAAAGUGGAUGAACUGGUGCAGGAAAUAUCUAAAUACUCAAUGUACAGUACAUUUGACCUCAAAAGCGCUUACCACCAGAUACCUAUCAGGGAUGAUGAGAAGCAGUACACGGCGUUCGAGGCUGGCGGAAAGCUUUAUCAGUUUUGCCGCAUUCCUUUUGGAGUGACAAACGGAGUCGCCGCAUUUCAGAGGACGAUCAACGCAAUAAUUGAGGAGGCAGGGCUACAGGACACGUUCGCUUACGUGGAUAACGUUACCAUCUGCGGACUUGACUCCAUUAGCCACGACCAGAAUCUACAGAGAUUUCUCAAUGCCGCUAAAAAGUACGGUAUCACCUUCAACAAUGAUAAAAGUGCUAUUGCGACUAAUAAAGUAUGCCUCCUAGGCUACGAAAUCUCACAAGGGCAAUUAAGACCAGACCCCGAAAGAUUUCAAGCAUUGAGAAACCUACCUCCACCACAAGACAUGAAAUCACAAAAGCGGGUGAUUGGACUACUGUCCUAUUAUUCUCAAUGGAUCCCAAAUUUCUCCAACAAGAUCCAUUUAUUGGUGAACAACAAAGCCUUUCCUCCCCCUGAACAAGUACAACAAGCUUUUAAACAGCUAAAACACGAACUUGAAAACGCUGCUGUGUCGACGAUAGACUACAAUCGACCACUAACAGUCGAAACAGAUGCCUCUGACAUCGCGAUUGCCGCCACUCUUAAUCAAGACGGCCGUCCUGUCGCCUUCUUUUCAAGAACACUCACUAAUAGUGAACGCAGACACUCAGCAGUGGAAAAGGAAGCAUACGCUAUCGUAGAAGCCCUGAGAAAAUGGCUACAUUACCUUAUCAGUAGACCCUUCACAUUGGUUACAGAUCAACGCUCAGUGUCUUUUAUGUUUGACCAGCAGAACAAGGGCAAGAUCAAAAACGAAAAGAUUCAAAGAUGGCGACUGGAGCUUAGUUGUUUCCAAUAUGACGUCGUAUAUCGACCCGGGAAACAAAACGCUGCGGCGGAUACCUUUUCAAGGAACCACUUUGCGUCAGCAAUGACUGGAGAAGACCUCAAACUGUUACACAACAACCUCUGUCACCCAGGGGUCACGAGACUCCUCCAUUUCGUUCGGACUAAGAACUUACCUUUUUCCUGCGAGGACGUCCGCAAAGUGGUAAACCAAUGUAAAACUUGCGCUGAACUGAAGCCUAGAUUCUUCAAACAGUUUUCAGGCACCCUCAUCAAAGCUACCCAACCAUAUCAGAGAGUAAGCAUUGAUUUUAAGGGGCCACUCCCAUCUGCUACUCACAAUAAAUACUUAUUAACAAUGGUGGAUGAGUACUCACGCUUCCCAUUUGCCUACCCAUGUCCCGAUAUGUCCUCAUCCACUGUCAUAAAGUGUUUAAAUCAGCUGUUUUCCUUUGUUGGGAUGCCAGAGUACGUCCAUUCUGACAGAGGUACGUCCUUUAUGUCGAGGGAGGUGCAAUCCUUUCUGCACGAGAGGGGAAUAGCUACAAGUAGAACAACCGCCUUUAAUCCUUCAGGCAACGGACAAAUUGAACGACUAAACAAAACUCUAUGGAACGCUGUUACUUUAGCACUGAAAGACCUCGAUCUCCCGAUCUCGAGAUGGGAGCUUGUCUUGAACCAGGCCCUAUACUCGAUUAGAUCAUUACUAUCUACGGCAACAAACGAAACUCCACAUGAGAGAGUUUUCCGGUUCAACCGGAAAUCCUCCUUCGGGAUAUCUAUCCCCACUUGGCUAUCUAGCCCAGGUAGAGUGUUGCUGAGAAGAGAGAACCGAUCUUCAAAGUAUGAUCCUCUCACGGAGGAAGUCGAAUUGCUGAUGUGCAACCCCCAAUAUGCUGUCGUACGGUUGCCCAGCGGUAAAGAGGAGACGGUCUCUCUAAGACGCUUGGCUCCCACCCCCUCCCCAUCCACAACAACAAGUGAACCUUCGUUCUUCCCUCAGGGUGAGGAUAAUGAAUAUCCUCCAGAAACUCGAAACACAGAAGUACCAGUCAACACCCCUACGGUGAUACAAGAAAGGAAAGAACCCCUGGUAGGCUCUGAGGACCUCCGAGCGCUUCCUCUUGAAAAUACCCCACUUGACGCUCAGGAACUCACUAGUGACUCCCAAACUGUAGAACAGGAUAGUCAACCCCGUUACAACUUGAGAGAGAGAAGAACCAGACCGAACUAUAGAGUCUAGAGUUGUUCCUUUAUUGCACUACAUAUGUUCUACAUAAACUGGCAUUGUUUAUCUCUUGCUACUGAUACUAGAGUUUACUUUUCACUCACUUACGUACAUGUCUACUUACUACACUAUUUGUUAAUAUUUAAAACAGAAACUAGUAAUUGUUUAUAAGUCAUACAACAGAUACUGGUUUUUAGGUUUCUUUGCAUCACCAUUCACUAUUGUUUACAAGAGAAAUUAAUAUUUCGACACUAUUUAUUGAUCUAUUGUAUUACAGGCACUGGCAUUCUCUUUUAUUUAUGCUAUUGGCCUACUAUAUUACUAUACUUGCUAUUUUAAUUCUAGGCGGGGUGAAUGUGGUGAAAUAGUUGCUAUUUGUUUAUGUUUGUGUAACGUCGUGAGAAUGUGUUCACAACAUGGAUUUAGUGUGCUACUGUCCAAGUCUCUUUCGUCAGUUCAUGUGUCGUUCUAGUUUAAUAAAGCCUUGUUUUAGGUUACUCUUCCGUGUUCCUUUAUUUCUUAUUACUCUAGUUCUAACAAGAGUCUAGUUCUAACAAGAGUCUAGUUCUAACAAGAGUCUAGUUCUAACAGAACGUUUCACGAAGAUUUUAGAUUCACCUGCCCCCUUCUGACAAUAUCUAGUCAUAAGAGAGCCGUACAGCACCAACACACUUCCCACAAUACACGACGACAGUCUCCUUAAGUUACUUGAGAUGUACUCCUAUUGAAAAAAGAAACAGAGCAGGAAGGACUCAAUCCUCCCGUACUGCUCUGGCAAGAAACUGGGCCGUUCGUCGUAAUGCCUCGUAGCUACCAUACAAGUCGAGUGACUGCUCAGACACGUCCCCCUUAGCUCUCGGAGCUGGGGACACUCGUAAAAGAUAUGAUACACUGUUUUGAUGCUCACUCCACAGUGACGGCAUCGUUGUUCGGACGAAACCGGGCAAAGUAUGUCCCAACUGGACAAUGUUCCGUCCUACACUGUGCAAUAAUUGCUUGUUCUGACCUCCUCAACCGCCACCACGGAUCGUCGCGAUCUGGGUGACGCAUAUGCUGCCAGACCCUAAAGUUACCAGGCGGAACGAGAUACGCCUCUUUCCUCUUGUUCCAGACAUGAGACUCCGUACUUUUUAUUUUCUUUUUGCUUUAGGCAGAAGGAAGCUUCUUCUCUACCUACACUGACGUCUCAGCCUUAAACAGUGCGUUGGUGUCCAGCAUGGUCUCCGAUCCAAGGAAGGCUUUAAACAAUGCUACCUUAUAUGACAAUGUGUAAUCAAAGCUAUUUCACAAAAAGAAGAUGCAAUCUAUAAAUCCGUUUUCUUAUAAAAUAAUGAGGUCAAAAGCUUAUGGAAGUGGUGAAUAUAAAUGGUCCCAUGCUCAAGAGUAAGUCCAUACUAUACUGACAUCCUUCUGAGGGUGAAAGCUGUUUCCCUUUUACCUAGGCAGAUGUAGUGCCUAGCUGAUGUGAGGAGAUAUGUAUUUUAAAUAUAAAUAGUCAUGACUGAUAAAAACAUAGCGCUCCUUAUAGAAUACUAAUAUUACAUUCCAUACAUUGUUUUUCAGUGUUUGGGACAAUACAUUUUUUUAAUUUUCAGCUUAUAUGUCAUUUGGUUUGUUUAAUAUGUCAUUUGGUUAGUUUUAAGAAUUAAAAUAUGUAAUAAGAAGAAUUAAUUUUUGUUUAUUGUUCACUGUUACCUCCCUGCUUCUAAUGUACCUUACAUUGUACAGUUUCCAGGUUUACAUCUUCAUCCUUGCCUUGCUUGUUUUCCCCUAAUUCCAGCGCUUCUUAGCCUGCAUAUGGUCAUUUCUUUUUACUAAACAUAUAUCAACUCACUCUGUCUGCCUGUUUCUAAACGUGAUUUCUCAUGCACCCUAUCUCGGAUCAAUUUGCUCAAUUAUUUCUUGAACCUGACAAGAAUCAAUAGCUAAAAUAACAAAAUAGUUAAUUAAGUAUUGGUAAUUAUUUAUUUUGUUUAGUAUCUCGAACAAGGGAAAGAAAUUGUACUUGACUGAAAAGGUGGUUUAAGUUGAAUUAGUGCCCUUUACACUUUAUAGAGUUUGAAACUAACAUAUAGCAAAAAAAAAAAAACACUUCUAUUUUCAUAUGCACUUCCUUUGUACAGUUGUGUAUUGGCUUGAGAAGGCUGAGGAGGCUUUAGACCUCAAGCUUGAAGUCAGGUCGUUCACCUUUUUUUUUAUAAAUGCAUUUAAAAAGCAACCACUUAGAUACCCCCUUCUUUCUCCAUCCAUCCCUUUCCAACUGGUCCAAACAAGUGACAGUAACUUAAUGUAUUGAGAAAGCUAAAAUCAUGAAAUGGUGCUAAACAAAAACAGUUGGUAGAAAUAUUGCUAGUCGCUCAGAUGUAUACUUGUCAGUCUAGAUCUAUUACAAGUUAAAUUACUCACUGACCCAAAGAAACUGUUUUUCUUGUUUAGUUUUAUUGUCAGCACCGAUGCCAGGUGGAAACCAGUUUUGACUAGAAAGUCUUUUUCUAGGCUAGUCAGCUUUUGUUAAGUUUUUGAUCUGGUCUAGAGGUUUUUUUUUCUGAAUGUAUUAUCUUAUCUUAUCUUAUAAAGUACAGACGUUACUUCAAGUCAUGCAUGUUAACCAAUGAGUUAAAGUCUGCCAAGUCAUUUGUUUUCCUUGCUCGGCACUGGUAGGGUCGGUCCUAAAGAUUGCGGGGCCCUAUGCGAAACGGAUUGCGUGGGCCAAGUCUAGGUAGGGAUAAGAAUAUUAAGUGAAAAUAAAGAUUUUUAAUUAGAAAAUAAAUUUCUCUUUGAAUUUUAUUCAUAUUUUACAAAAUCAUUGUCAAAUUAACUUACGAGCCAUCUACAGUAGAUAGUAGUUUUCCAACAAAAAACCGAUAAACAUUCAGAUCUGCUUUUUAGAUUUACUAUCAACUAUCAAAAUAUCGCUUGUUUUUUUUUAAGAGGUCGAGAUGGAUUUAGACCUAUAUUUGUAUACCAAUGACUAUUAAAGUAAAUUAAAUAUUUGAACUUCUUGUUUUGUUUAAAAUUCGCUUUAUUAUUACAUUUUUAUUAAAAAUCGCGACUAGGAUUUGUGUUUUUCAUAUUGAAUGACACCCCCGAAAUGACAAUUUUGUCUUUUUUUAAGGCGAUUAGCAUGAGUUUUUAGAAGAUUUUAAUAAUUUCAGGAGAUUUGUAUGUUCUUUUCGUAUAUUUUGCAAUUACAGGAGAAUUAAAUGAACCUUUUAAUAAUAAGUUACAAUGGUUUAAUUUAAUCAUUUUUACCUAGAUUUCUCGCGGGGCCUAUGAAAGUGCGGGACCCACUGCGGCCGCAUGGGUUGCAGUGGCGUACGAGUCUACGACCGGCCAAGGGCUCAGGCAACCCAUUCCAUGCUCUAAUACACUAAGGAAGAAGAAGCAUUUGUACAAAUUUGCCCUAGCAUAGGGAGCGAGGAAUGUGUCUUUAUCUUUGUGUCUUUUUGAGUAUUUUAUUCGUUUUUUUUUUGCAUUUGAAGAUAAUGUUUACUGUUUUAUAUGUAUAAUUUCUUCUUUACUUUUAAGUCUUCUAUCCUGAAGGCUUUCUAAAUUUAGUAAUUUUACUAAAGGUGUUACUCUAGUCAAAUGUGAAUAUUCGUUUGUUAUUAAUCUCACUGCUCUAUUUUGUGUCUGUUUACUGCCGGAGCUUGCUCAUUACGAGGUUGUUUCCUCAUUCUCUAUGUCUCUUCAUACAGCCGUAGGGCGUUUCUUUAAAUAUUCAUAACACAACUAAGAAUUGUAUUAAGUAAGUUCUUUAAUAUACACCCUUUUACAAAUUAAGUAUCUUGUCUGAUUUUUUUAAAAAAAAUUUAAAGAAGAAAACAUUUAACGCAAGGCAAGGCGUCCAAAUUGUACAACACGGUCCGGCUGUCACCAUCAUAGAGAAAUUGUAAAUUCUUCAUUGGUAUGAAUUCAACGACGUUAACAUGGUGCUUAUACGAAAUACUGAACGUUAUUAUUUAUCUAUAUUUGUC